CUGUGGCUUCAGCACUUUAAAUGAGUUCCAUCUUGAGAGGCAGCGAGGGGACAGUUCCUCAUUUAGAAACGAAUUUUGAAACUGCAGAUUUCCGGUCUAUUCCUCAUGAGUGUGUCUGACCUCGCCCUUUUUUUUUUUUUUUUUUUUUGAGACUCUUGGGAAAUAUCCAAGUCUGUAAACCUUUACUAUGCUUUACAAUACCUUUUUAGCAUCGCUAUCCAUUUUUAUGUUUUGCUUGAGCCUUCUUCUGCUACACAGAGUUAGUGUUUUAGAAAGUGAUUUUCAUAACCUCCAAGGAGACGUAAUUCAACCAUUAAAUCGGCAUCUUUCUGAGGGCGACGAUGGAAAAAUGGCCAAGAUGUGUCAAACGAGGGAGGACACGAAGCCAAGUGUUUUCCAAAGAGCUCAGUGUUCUCUGAAGAUCUCUUCUAGGAGAGUAAAGAGGGAACCGAGCAGCUGCAGAGCUCCGAUAUCUUUCCUGCAGUUAAAAGCUAACACAAACAAACAGCCAGAGAGAAGAGGAAAUCUAACCGUGAUCCCCUGGACUGUUUCUGUGCAGCGAGGAAAUGCGAUUUCACAAAGGGAAAACAGGGUUGUUGUCCAAGAAGAUGGUUAUUACUUGGUGUUUGGACAAGUUCUAUUUGAAAGCCGGGGCGAAGUUAUGGGUCAUGUCAUUCAAAGCUGGCGCUCCACCGAGGCUGGCAGGAGAUCAGCAGAGCUCUUGCGCUGCCUGCAGGAUACGUCUGAUGAGGCUUAUCACAACACGUGCUACACUACAGGCAUUGUGCACUUGCUUCAGGAUGAUGAACUGGAACUCGUGGUCACAAACCGACCUUYGGCUCUGAUCUCCAUGGAGCCUGACGCAACACAUUUUGGUGUCAUACAGCUCAACUGAAACAAACGCGUGUGAAGAUGAUAAGUGUUACAGUGYCGAUGCAGGAAAUGGCUGACUGACACACAGCUGUGUGAGUGGACGCUGAUAAAGAGUUAGAAGGAAAACCAAUAGAAUCUGAUAUUGAUGCCAUUAAUGUACCGUACCUAUUUGUUUUAAAUUGUCAGUUUUUAAUUUAACCUUAAAAAUUAACUGUUCAAAUAACUGCCCGCUCCCCACCAGUUGUGUUUCCUGCUGUUUCUUUUGUUUACCACCAAGUCCUUUCAUCGGUCUUUUUUUAACUCGUCUCUUUUUAUCUCCCCACGGCUUCC